ACUAACUCUAUCUAGCUUCCGGAUCCUACCCAUGGAAAUGUCAACUAUGUCUCUUUAGCUGAAGCGCAGAAGCUUGGUUUGACCAGGGUCAUUGGUAACCAGGUUUACAUGGGCGUAGAUAAUACCACUGUUCUAUCCGAUACUGUCAAUGGAAAGCGUAAUAGCAUCUGGGUUGAAUCAGUUCACGACUUUACCCAUGGUAUCCUCAUUGGUGAUUUUGCCCACAUGCCUGCUAGCGACUGUGGUACCUGGCCAGGUUUGUAAGUAUUCAUCAUUCAUCUAAUCCCCAAGCAGUCGACCAGCACUAGUAGUAAUCGCUAACCCGCUCGCUAGCUGGACCAUUCGUAAUGGUGGCGAUCUUCCAUAUGGUGAAAUUGAUAUCCUCGAAGGCUCCAACGAUAUCACUCAAGCCUUCAUCUCUCUCCAUACCGAAAAGACCUGCACCUUUAACCCUCCCAAGACUGCUCAGCUCGGCAAGCUCAACAACGGCAAUACCAAUUGUCAACUAGGCAAUGGUGCAGGAUGUUCUAUUCAAUCUAGCGCAGACUCCUACGGAACACCUUUCAAUAAGAACGGCGGUGGUGUCUAUGCUAUGCAAUGGACCUCUUCAUUUAUCCGAGUUUGGUUUUUCGCACGUAGCAAGAUUCCUGCUGAUAUCAAGGCUGGUACUCCGGAUCCAACAAAGUGGGGACUUCCUACUGCGAAUUUCGACAGUGCGAAUGGUGGUUGUGAUCUCGAUGCUAAUUUCCCGGCUCAGACAGUCGUAAGUAUUACUUUGUUUCUCAUCUCAAUCUCAUACCACUAUUCCUCCUCAAACCAUACUCAACCCUACUCUUUCCAUCCUUCAUUAUAAAGUCAAAUCAAACUAAUCCCACCUAGUACUUCGACACGACCUUUUGCGGCGCUGGAGCUGGCGGACAAGCCUGGUCCGACUGGUCGGAUUGUCCCGCAAAGACUGGCUACUCAACUUGCCAAGAAUACGUCGCCAAGGUCCCCCACGCCUUCGACGAUGCAUACUGGCUUGUCAAUUCUGUCAAGAUCUACCAAUAGACUUGACUUUUAUCUUCUUCUUUCUCUUUUCCUGCGUUGCUCACUUAUCAACACUUUCGCCUUCCAAACCAUAACUCGCUCAUCUUCGAUUUCAGGAUUUCGAUACUGAACGAAUUCCUCAUGGGCAUGAUAUGGGAGGAUAUUCAUUGAUGGAUCGGACGUACAAAAGUAAUGCCGGAGCUGGGGAUUUCAUUUCAUAAAAGAGCUGUAAUUUCAAAUGCAUUGCAUUCAUGGAUUCUUGGCGGGUAUCAUUUGCUAUGUUUGUGAGGGAGGGCUGUUUAUUUCUGCUUUUGUGGCUUCUGGGAAUGUGGUUUUUUGAUUGCAUGAGGCUAGUUGAUAGUUGAUAGUUACUGAUAUUUUGCUCCCCAAAUUUCAACUUGCUAGUA